AUGGCGCACUCCAUGCGAGUGGUGACCCUGUGCAACCGUCUGUCGAGGAGCGCCAAACUGCGCAGCCGGAGCCAGAGCCUUGAGCUACUGGACCAGCGGGGGGAGCAGACCCGGGAGUCCGUCAGCGACCUGGCCGUGACCGCGUACCAGGACGAAAACUUCAUUGUGUCUGCUCUGUUCUGCGCUGCCGAGGAGGGCAACAUCGCGGGCAUCAAGCGACUGUUUUCGAUGGCCAAGAUUGACCCGAACCUGGCCAACCGGCAAGGCGAAACAUCAGUUCACGUGGCCGCCGGCCUGGGUCAGCUGGAGGUUCUGCGAGUGCUGCGCACGAAGGGAGCCGACCUAGCCCGAGAGGACGAGCGCGGAGACAGUGCUGCUAUCUGGGCGGCCCGCCACGGCCACCCGGGCGUGUUGGCUUACCUACUUGGAGAGGGCGCCAGCAUCGACAGCAAAAAUAAGGCUGGCGAGACGCCGCUGCUGGUGGCGUGCAAGUACGGCCACUUACCCGCCGUCCGGCUCCUCUGCCAGCACGGGGUCGCCCUGAAUGCCCAGGAUGACGCUGGCGAGACGCCGCUGCUGGUGGCGUGCAAGUACGGCCACUUACCCGCCGUCCGGCUCCUCUGCCAGCACGGGGUCGCCCUGAAUGCCCAGGAUGACCAUGGCGAGACGGCUCUGCACGCGGCCGUGUGGCACGGCUUCCCGGGCAUCGCCUGUCUGCUGAGCCGCGCCGGCGCCAGUCCCAACAUCGCCAACCAGGAGCUGGAGACGCCUCUGCACUGCGCGGCGGCCCGCGGUCAUCUGUCGGUGGUGCGCUGUCUGCUGGACAGUGGCGCCCUCUGCGACACGCCCGACUCUACCGGCGCCACCGCCCUCCACUUGGCGCUCCGGCGGCGCCACCAGCCGCUGGCGCACCUCCUGCUGGAGGCCGGCGCCAGCUGCGACGUCGCCGACCACGUUGGAGAGAGGCCUAUUCACAUCGCGUGCGCCGAGGGUCUGCUGGCGGCGGUGCAGGCGCUCUGCACGUACGGGUGCACGGUGGACGUGGCCAACAAUGAGGGCCUGUAUCCCGUCCACCUGGCGGCCAGAAACGGCCACACCGAGGUGGUGAGGGUGCUCUGCCUGGCCGGCUGCUCUGUGGACCAGCGGGAGCGGAGCGGCCGCCCGCCAGAGAUGACAGCCCUGCUGCGCGGACACCACGACAUCGCCUGCCUUCUCUCCCGGCUGAGUAAUAGCGAGGUUCGCGAAGAGUUCAUCAGUCAGCUGGUGCCGAGUGCAAACCCCAUCUCGCGGAUAAAACUGAAGCUGUUUGGCAACUCAGGAGUUGGGAAAACAGCUUUGGUAGAUUCCUUAAAAGCUGGCUACUUCUCAGGCUUCUUCCGGCGAAGUAAAAGCUCGAGUCUUGGAAAUCUAAGCAGCUUUAAGAUGACGCACUCUUCCCGCAACGGUCGUCCCGAGCGGAGUCCGGCGCCUGCUUGGGACAGCACGAUGUCGGUCCGAAGCAGCUCCCGUCACUUCACGAGGGGUAUCAACAUCACCCAGGCGACGCUCAGCGGCGUGGGCGAGGUGUCUCUGUGGGACUUCUCCGGUCACCCGGACUAUCGCCAGCUGUACGACCAGUUCGUAGGCAGCGCCGACUGCCUGCACCUGGUGCUGUACCGGCUGUGCGACCCGGCGCCGCUCCGUCUCCAGCAGGUGGUCCAGUGGCUGGGCAUGCUGCAGGCGUGCAUCGCUCCGCUGGAGCCGUUCGGUCACUGCGGCCGCUCUGUCCGGCCGGCUCGUGUGGUGUUGGUGGCGACCCACGCUGACCUAGUCCGCCAGCGGAGGGACGGCCACGGCCAGCACACGGCCACGGAGAUGGAAAUGCUGAUGAAAACGGUGCGACAACGGUUUGGCACGGUCUUCGAUCUGAGCCCGAUGACGUUCAUCCUGGACGCCACGUCCUCCACAUCUCCAUCGCUGAAGCACCUCAGGGCUCACCUGGCGCGGUUGAAGACUCGCGUCACGCAGGGUCUGCCGAAGAGCACGGGCUUUCUGGAGACGAUGGUGGCGCAGGUAGGCAGCUGGCGCCGCCUGCAGCCUCACUUCCCCAUCAUGACUUGGGCAGACCUGGUUGAGGUGGUGCGUGACCAAGUCAACCCUCUGGCCGGCGAGGAGCACGUACAGGAGGUGGUGCAGCAGUUGCAGUUGAUGGGCGAGGUGGUGCACCUGGCAGCCGGGGCCGCCGGACAGGACCUGGUAGCGCUGGCGCCGCGCUGGCUCUGCGGUGACGUGCUCGGCCUGCUGUUCUCCCCCGACUUCCGACGCCGCACCAAGGCUACUGGCUGCUACACAGUACGAGAGUUCCAGAUGCUGAUGCCGCAGUGUGACGCCCUGGACUUGCUUCAGGUCCUAGAAACGCUACACCUCUGUGCUCAGUGUGAUAACGACGGCGACAUCGAAUACGAGUUUUCCUGCUACAACCGCGUGGCGGCCGUGGACGGCGUGUGGGACGUUCCGCCGUCGGUUGGCACCAAGCUCUGCUACGGGGGUGUGCUGCUGCGCCGACCGCCGGCCGCCGGCCAGCUCACGGCGCCGUUGCUGCCCCGCCUCCAGGUUCAGCUACGCUGCUUCGCCCAGGAGUACGCGGAGGCCGAGCUGGAGCUGUACCAGUGGUCAGACGGCUCCAAGCUCUGUGCUGACCGGUUGGAGGCCCUGCUGACGCCGUCGGCCGACGGCCGGGACCUGGAGCUCAAAGUGCGCGGGCCCGCUGACGCGCGCGACGCUUGCUUCUACCUGAUGGAGGACCUGCUAUCCGCCUUGGAGCAGGUGUUCGCUGAGGUGAGUCCGGGCCUGCUGGUGGAGCGGCACUACCUGUCUCCGAGCGACCUGCGACGCCACCUCCGCCAGCCGCAGCCGCACCCCGCGCAGCUGCUCGACGCUGUGUGCUGGCCAGCCGAGCUGGCUGUAUGCUGUGUGCCAGCAGCGGUGCGGCAGCGGCUGUGUGCCGCGCUGGACCCGGCCGAUGCGCUGGGCCGUGACUGGUGUCUGCUGGCCGUGCAGCUGGGUCUGACCGAGCGGCUGGCGCGGCUCGACGCCGGCGACAACCCGGCGGCAGCCGUCCGCGACGGGUGGCGAAUCCAUUGGCGCAGCGAUGGGGGGCAGCUCAUCACACGGGACAGCUCCCGGGAGAACUUCACCCUGGACAGCCCCCGGGAGAACUCCAACCUGGACAGCCCCCGGGAGAACUUCACCCUGGACAGCCCCCUGGAGAACUCCAACCUGGACAGCCCCCGGGAGAACUCCAACCUGGACAGCCCCCGGGAGAACUCCAACCUGGACAGCCCCCGGGAGAGCGCUUCUCGGUGA